UCUUAAUUCACUCACAUGCAUAUUUCUUUGCAAGAAUAACUAAUCAAAUUGUGUCUUCUUUGUCGUCUGUAACCAGCUUAUUUAAAAGACUAAUUAUCAUCAUCUAACACUUCCAUUGCUUACUGAUUUCUUAGAACCUGUUCGGUUUGUGAAAAAGCUGAGAAACACCUUCUAUAAAAUUGGCCACUCUUUGACGCUGGAGUGUACAUUCACGGGCAGUCAGAGGAUUUAUGUCAGCUGGAUGAAGGACGGCAAACCUAUCUGGGCUUCAUAUAAGUACAACGUUAAAACGACCGACUUCUCAAGCACCCUGGAAGUUCUAAACAGUGACAGACGGGAAGCUGAAGGACAGUAUUCUUGCGAGAUUUCCAAUUGUGAGGGUACUGACAUCUGCCAUGCUAUGGUCAAGAUAGAACCUGUGAGCUUCAUCAAAAAGCUGGAAGACACGACGUUCAGGCUUGGGGAGCCGCUGUCGCUGUACUGCGGUUUCAGUGGCAGCCCCAGGGUCUACGUGAGCUGGAGGAAAGAUGGCAGACCCAUCUGGGCUUCUUAUAAGUACAACGUAAAGACUACAGAUAAUUCCUCCAUCUUGGAGGUUCUCAACAGUGACCGGCUAGAAGCAGCAGGAAGAUACUCUUGUGAAAUCUCUAACUCUGAGAACAGUGCUAUCUGCUCUGCCCUGGUCAAACUAGGUAAAAUACAAACCACAAAGCAGUUAAAAGAGCUGAUCAGCCAUAGCAGCUCAGUGAUAUUUGGUGCUAAUCUCUUCUCCAAAAAAAAAAAGGCUUCCAAUUUUUAGUUUUGGGGAAGUAAAACAUACUUGAUAACACACAGAAACUAAUCACUCAAAUAUUUGGCUAAAAUUGUCAUUAAAAUUUGGAGUUUUCCUGUUUUCUAGUCUUUGCAACAGAGAACAUUGUUCCAGGCCCAAAGCAAUCUAAAGAACAUUAUUUUGACUAUUAUGGUCAAGUAAUAAUUAAAAUUGUUCAAACAUGAAUAUAUGAUUCCUGCUAACCUCUAAUAAAAUAAAACACUUACCUUUCCCUACUAAUUCCUAACAUCC